GUAGAAUUCUCACAAAGAUAUUCUCACAAAAAGAAAAAUAUUAGUACUGUACUAAAGUCUCACUCUUUCCUCACAAAAAAAGAUUUUUUGAGGUUGUAAUUAAUUAUAUGAAUGAAAAUGAAUAUGAAGGAAAAGAAAAAAGAAAAACUUGUGGUGCCUAAUUGAGGUUGUAGUUGAGUGUGUCCUGUAUAGAGUAUGUUCGUGUUGUAAUAAUCUGUAAUGAAUAAUAAUGGCUUCUACAAGUGCUGCUUCCACUUUCCUUCAGUUUCAUUCUCUUUCUUCUUCUCAACUUUUCAUCACCAAACUCCCUAAUAAUAAUAAUAAUAAUAACCAAAUAUCCCUUUCUUUUUCUUCUUCUUCCAAACAGACUUCUAAUUAUAAUAAGCGCGUUUAUGCAAAAGCUGUUUCUACAGACUCACAAAAACCUCUUACUCAGGAUAAACAAAACACUCCCUCAUCAUCAUCUUCCAAACUGGUCCUUGUUCUUGGUGCCUCAGGAGGUGUUGGGCAGCUAGUUACAGCAUCACUGCUUCAACGGAAUAUUAAGUCGCGAUUGAUUCUUAGGGAUCUUGAGAAAGCUAAAGCACUGUUUGGUGAACAAGAUGAGGAGAGAUUGCAGGUAUUCAAAGGAGACACAAGGAAGGAGGGUGAUUUGGAUCCAUCUAUAUUUGAAGGAGUCACUCAUGUGAUUUGCUGCACUGGAACAACGGCUUUUCCUUCGAGGCGGUGGGAUGAUGAAAAUACACCAGAAAGAGUUGAUUGGGUGGGAGUGAAGAAUCUAAUAUCCGUGUUGCCUUCGUCGGUGAAGAGAGUUGUUCUUGUGUCAUCAAUAGGUGUGACAAAGUGUAAUGAAUUGCCAUGGAACAUUAUGAACCUAUUUGGUGUCUUGAAGUAUAAGAAGAUGGGCGAGGAAUUUCUUCAGAAUUCUGGCUUUCCAUAUACCAUAAUUAGACCUGGAAGGUUGACAGAUGGACCAUACACAUCUUAUGAUCUCAAUACUUUACUCAAAGCAACAGCCGGCCAACGACGAGCAGUACUUAUAGGUCAAGGAGAUAAACUAGUGGGAGAGGCCAGUAGAAUCGUUGUGGCUGAAGCCUGUAUACAGGCACUAGACUUAGAAGUCACUGAAAAUCAAAUAUACGAAGUUAGCUCUGUCGAGGGUGAAGGUCCCGGAAAUGAUACUCAGAAGUGGCGAGAAUUAUUUGAGGCCGCGCGCUCUAGCUAACUAGACUUAUAAUGAAAACUUGUAUAUCAUAAAGAACGAUUCAUAUCAUCAUAUGUCUCAUAAGUAUCAUAAUUAGGAGCUUCAGUUUUACAAUUAUUGUAUAUAUACUUCUUCAUUCUAUCACCUGAAAACUUCGCUUAAAAUAGAAUUAAAAUUCUAAUAAAAGUUUUCUUUUCAAUUUUA